AUGACAUUGUUGGGUGAACAGUGGGUACCAUUUCCUCUGUUUGAACUUCUGAAUCAGUCAAGUCACAGCGUACUUGUAGUUUCUUGCCUUUCAGAAGAGUGGGUUCUUUUUCAUGUACUACAGUCAUUUCCUUCGUCUCAAUCGAUGGACCGAAGUCCACUGUCUGUGUUCCCUCCAUUGAAUGUAAUACCCCGAACUGAGUUUGCACAUCAUAUGCAGAUGAGGGUAAUGUUACUUGACAUGAAGUAUCUGUUAGUUUACUUUGAGCAGUUUGUGUUGAUUGUGAGCUGA